ACAGGUCCCCGCAGACGAUGCUAACAUCUCAUUGGCUGAAUGGGAGCCGGAGCCAGAGCGAGAGAGAAGCAAGGAGGGGAGACAGCUCAAGAAGAUAUAACAACUCUGCCACAGCAUCCUGUCUUAUCACUGAGCUGAGGGAUGAAGGAGGUGUAGAUACACGCUCCUGGUCCUCCUGUAGAAGGAAAGCACGGUGGACUUGAAGGAUAACUUUCUUUAUGCUGCUGUUGGAAUGAAUGCUUUGGAUCCAAGAGUCACCUGGACUUGAUCUGCCCUUGCUGACUGAGCUGCUGUCAGUGAUCGCUUAGUGAUCUCCGUUUCUUCUGACUAAACUACCCACACCCAGACCUCUACAUUGUCGGAGUGAGCUAUUUUUGUCUUCCCAGGCUGCCGCUGGUGUCUUCGGGAGAGGCUUCACCUGGAGGAGGGUGGAUGUUCACCCAUGUGACCAGGGCCGGGCUGUCACCCUCACUGUGUCCUACACCUGCUGUGCUUCUGGGAUGCUGUGACCUCCAGCUGCCUUCUGGCCAUCCCCAAUCUGGGUCAACAUGCCAGUGAUGAAGGGCCUCCUGGCCCCCCAGAACACAUUUCUGGACACCAUUGCGACACGCUUCGAUGGCACCCACAGUAACUUCCUGUUGGGUAACGCCCAGGGCCACCGCGGCUACCCCAUCGUCUACUGCUCCGACGGCUUCUGCGAACUGACGGGCUUCACGAGGACCGAGGUGAUGCAGAAGAACUGCACGUGCCACUUCCUGUACGGGGCGGACACCAGCGAGCGCGUGGCCCAGCAGAUGGAGAAGGCGCUGGAGGGCAGAGAGGAGUAUCAGGCUGAGGUGCACUUCUACAAGAAGAACGGUUCAGCCUUCUGGUGCCUGUUAGACAUCGUGCCCAUCAAGAACGAGAAGGGCGAAAUGGUUCUGUUCCUCUUCUCCUUCAAGGACAUCACCGACACCUAUGGAAGAGGCCACUGCAACAGCAGGAAAGAGGUUUCAGAGGACAAGCGGCGCAGGAGGAAGAGCAGCUACCACUUCAUGGAGGCCAGGAGGCGUGGACGCACCAUGCUGUACCAGCUGACCACCCAGUUCUCCGGGGGCAAAGGAGAGGUCAACCUGGGCACUAGCAUGGUGGAUAAGCCGUCCAUGCCGGAGUACAAGGUGACGGCGGUGGAGAAGUCGCGCUUCAUCCUGCUCCACUACAGCAUGUCCAAGGCCCUGUGGGACUGGCUCAUCCUGCUGGCCACCUUCUACGUGGCCGUCACCGUGCCCUACAGCGUCAGCUUCAUGCCGUACGACCACGCCGUCGCCGGCGCGCGCUACACCGUCAUCAGCGACGUCGUCGUGGAGAUGCUCUUCAUUCUGGAUAUCAUCCUGAACUUCCGCACCACUUACGUGAGCAAGUCGGGCCAAGUGGAGUAUGAGCCACGCAGUAUUUGCAUUCACUACAGCACCACCUGGUUCAUUGUGGACCUGGUGGCCAUCAUGCCCUUUGACCUGCUGUACGCCUUCAACAUCCCAGUGACCUCGUACGUCCACCUGCUGAAGACGAUCCGCCUGCUGCGGCUCCUGCGGCUGCUUCAGAAGCUGGACCGCUACUCCCAGUACACGGCCAUAGUGCUGACUCUGCUCAUGUCCGUGUUCGCCCUGCUGGCUCACUGGAUGGCCUGCAUCUGGUACAUGAUCGGGCGCAGUGACAUGCAGUCCAACGACAACUGGAGCAUCGGGUGGCUCCACGAGUUGGGCAAACGCCUGGACAAGCCCUUCGUCAACAGCACCAUCGGCGGCCCCACGCUGCACAGCACCUACAUCACCGCCCUCUACUUCACCCUCACCAGUCUGACCAGCGUGGGCUUCGGCAACGUCUGCGCCAACACCGACGCCGAGAAGAUCUUCUCCAUCUGCACCAUGCUCAUUGGGGCGCUGAUGCACGGCUUGGUGUUCGGUAACGUCACGGCCAUCAUCCAGCGCAUGUACUCGCGCCGCUCCUACUAUCACACGCGCAUGAAGGACCUGAAGGAGUUCACCCGCGUCCACUGUCUGCCCCAGCAGCUCAAGCAGCGCAUGCUGGAGUACUACCAGACCACGUGGUCUGUGAACCACGGCAUCGACACCAACGAGCUCCUGCACGACUUUCCCGACGAGCUGCGGGCCGACAUCGCCAUGCAUCUGCACAAGGACAUCCUCCAGCUGCCGGUGUUCACCGGGGCCAGCCGCGGCUGCCUGCGCUCGCUUUCCCUGAACAUCAAGACCUCCUUCUGCGUCCCGGGAGAGUACCUGAUCCGACAGGGGGACGCCCUGCAGUCCAACUACUAUGUGUGCUCUGGGUCUCUGGAGGUGCUCAAGGACAGCAUGGUGCUCGCCAUAUUAGGCAAAGGGGAUCUGAUCGGUUCUGACCUGCCGGGAACCGAGCAGGUGAUCAAGACCAACGCUGACGUCAAGGCCCUGACCUACUGCGACCUGCAGUACAUCAGCCUGCGUGGUCUGAGGGAGGUGCUGGACCUCUACCCCGAGUACGGGAGCGUGUACGCGGCUGACAUCAACAAGAACCUCACCUACAACCUGCGCGAGGGCAGCCAGAGCGAGGACGGCCCGGACGAGGACGCCAGGCUCCCGUCCGUCGUGAAGACCAAGGGCAACGACCCCGACGGCUCCUUCCUUCACUCUCCGGCCGCCCGCUUCCGCCGCAACCUCCUCCUGCCCAACUUCAACAACCCCGUCCGCCGCACCUCCCUCGGGAACCUGCUGGGCGACGAGCUGCGGCAGUUCAACGCGCUGCGGCGCUGCCGCUCGCCCAACCUGAGCCGCGGCGCCCACGGCCAGAACCCGUCCCCUCAGCCGCCCAAGAAGCAGGAGCACGGCUCGUCCGGGCCGCCCGGCGCCUCCGCUUCGGCCCCGAGCGAGACGGGCGCCGAGCAGAGGCCGGCCAAGCUGCUCAUUCCCACCGUCACCUGCUACGGACCCCCGGAUCUCAGCCCCAGGGUCGUGGACGGCAUCGAAGACAAUGGCCACGCGUUCCAUUUCAACGUGGAGCACGGCAGGUCCGCAGCCGCCGCCGCCGCCGCCCAAGAGUCUGCACAGACUAAUGCUGCUCUACUGCAGGAGUCAGAGGACGUGAGGCAGAGCAUCAGUCUGCUCAACCAGAAGAUGGGUGCUUUAAACCAGGAGGUGUCGGAGCUCACCAAGGGCCUGCACCAUAUGAUGCAUCUCCUCCAGGCCUACUUGUCACUGCAUCACUACAAAGCUCCCUGCCCCUACAGCAUGCACAUGAUGUCCAGCUCUGCCGCGGGCCCCAACGCUGCCACGCAGCACAACCUGGCGCCCACCUACCACGUCUGUAACACCCCGGGGGCCAAUGACGGCCUCGGCCACCAAAGUGUCUCGCCUGCUGUUCGCGGCGCGGCUGAUGAAACCCUGACCGAGGGCCACGCUCAGUCGUCGGGCCCCGGUGCCGACUCCGGCCCGUCCAGACCGGGCUCGUGUCACAGCUGCGAGAGCCUGACGCCGCCUCUGUGGACGAGCUCGUCUCUUCCCGGUCACAACUCCUCUUGCCUUUUCCCCCGUGCCCCUGCAGCAGCGUCAGCGAGCGCCCUCCUGGAGCCGUCGCCGAGCUCCUCCUCCCACCUCUACUUGUCCUGUGACUCUCACCUCAACCUAUCGCACGCCUCACAUGAGGACGUUGGUGUCAUGAUAUCGGCCCCAGCAGCGGAAAACCUCCUCCAGGACUCCAUUUUCCAAAUUGAGGACCCGCACCCCUCUAUGCAACCGGUUUCUGCCUCCCCGCCCCCCUCGGCCCGUCAUCCCCUCGGACCCCCUUCGGACUCACAGACGCCGCGGUCAGACGCGCUGGAGCCCGACCUGCCGCUCGGGCACCCGUCCGCCUCAGAGCACCCCAGUCUGGAGUGCCUGCUGGGGGCCGCGGGCUCCGUGGAGAGCAGGGACAGCGAGAGCGUGUCAUCCCAGAGGUCCAGCAACGGUUUCCACACUGUGAGCACGGAGCAGUCGUGGUGUCAGGACCUCACGGAUUGAACCGUACAGGACCUACGUCAGGAUUUCCUGGUCUUACAAUUACAUCACUUCAAUCAAACCAUUUCUAUGCAAAACUCGUCAUUUGUGCAUUAUCUUGGCUUUACUGAAGUGAAGUAUCAGACAAACCAGUAUACGCUGUAUCGUGUUUUCCAGAACCUUCAGAGCAGUUUGCAGUAAGUGAUACCUGUUACCUCCUUGCAUGGUAAAGCCUUUACAUUCUUUUUCCUAAGGAAAAGGUUUCCGAAUCAAUGUGUAAGCAUUCGACAUGAUAACUAGCUGACUUUUUGUAUAGCAGGUCAGAUAUGGAUGCUUUAAAAUACUAGGGAAGAAAGUGCUUCAUGUUGCAUGUGGGGGAGACACAUCUGAACAUCACAAUUUGAUUUUUCAAGUGAUUUUUUUUAACGUAAGAUCCAAACUCACUAAACCGUACAAGGUACAUGAUUUAUGAUUUCAGGUGUAAUUCCACUGGACACGGUUCUCUCCUGACUCUCCUUCUGGGGUUUUUAGCACAUUCCCUAUGUUUCCCAUAUCAAUGCAUUCAAUUUAUAGCUUUGUUCAAGGUAGGCUCAGUAUUAAAUAAUCUGCAAAACUAAUUUAAAAACACAAGCUGCCUAUAAUUACACACAGUAUGUACUGUACCUGUACAUAUCCGUCUUAAAAGUGGGAAUAUAUAUGAAAUGCUGUUAUUAUUUACACUUUAGGUUACUACACUUCCUGCUUUUCCUUGAAGUAUUCAAUUUAUGGCUGUAAACCUCUGUUUGUUCUCCAGAGGAAGAGAACUUUUAAAAACUGAAGAGCAAAGCUGCAAACACACUGGACAUAAGUAAAUGUACAUAUACAGUAUAGUUGAAAAGUUGCUCCUAUGAAACAUCGAUUACUGUUUUUAAUUUAAGAGCUGAUUGCCUCUUUGAUUUUACUCAUGAUACCUAGGAUUGUUUUGGAAUAAUUUCCUCUUGGCUGAAAAUAAAGUGUGCAAAAACCA